CAGCAUGAAUCCUGCCAUCCUAGCAGCAGGGAGCUUGUUUCAUGCAGAAGAGUCGUGUGGAGAUAUACAGAGGUAAACAGAGGCUCUUUCUCAUAACACAAGACUACCUGCAGGGGGGGCUGAGCUGCCUCAUGCACUUCUCACUCUCAGACUAGUUUGGAGGAGGCAGCAGGAGAAGCAGAAGAACAUAUUGCUCAGAAUACAUCAGCGCUUCCAACCUGUGGCUGCAGCAGCGUUCCAUCCACCACAUACAUGGUGCUCAGGAGCCGGCAGCUGCCAGUCCAUGACAUAUGGCUGAAUCCUGGAGGCACUGCCUUACUAAUGUGGCAUGAAGUGUCGUGGUGCCCUGGAUGUUGAGUUGGUCAGUCUACCACGCUGAAGGGAAGAGCAGACGGAGGGUGUUUCUCAAUGCAUAGACCAUGACAGUGGGAUUGUAAAAGGAUUGUGUAUUUACCCGAAAACUACCAAAGCCAGUCAGCACCAAGGGGCUGCCCAGAAUGGGUGCGGGGGCACCACGGAGGUCCUCUGCUGCAAGUGCCGGGCUGCUGCUGACCGCAGUCCGAGUCUAGCUGGAGACACUGCUGCAACUGGAGUCCUUCUAUCUCCGUCAUGGCCAGGAAUACAGCUCUGUACUUCAGGCUGGUGGAAGGGAAGAACCUGCCCGCUAAGGAUGUCACAGCCACUGUCUGGAGGGAUCUGAACCCAUUUUGGGGUGAAGAGUUCACCCUCCACCUCCCUCUUGGUUUCCAUACACUCUCCUUCUAUGUGAUGGAUGAAGACACAAUUGGACACGAUGAUGUUAUUGGCAAGAUAUCACUCAGCAAGGAAUACAUUGCAUCUCAGCUACGAGGUAUUGACAGCUGGAUUAACCUGAGCCGUGUGAAUCCAGAUGAAGAAGUCCAGGGGGAAAUUUAUCUUGAGUUACAUAUAAUGCAAGACCAGCACAAGAGCAACCUGCACUGCCAUGUCCUGGAGGCCAGAGAUCUAGCACCCCGUGACAUUUCUGGUACAUCAGACCCCUUUGUACGUAUCUUCUGCAACAAUCAGACUUUGGAGACCUCUGUGAUUAAACGAACACGGUUUCCACGAUGGAAUGACGUCUUAGAGUUCGACCUGCGAGGUAUAGAAGAACUAGAUUCCGGAGACCAAGUGAUCAGCAUUGAAGUUUGGGACUGGGAUAUGGUUGGAAAGAAUGAUUUCCUUGGCCGUGUGUGGUUCCCUUUGGAGCCCCUGCACAGAAAUCCUGCGGUGACUGGCUGGUUUCGUCUCCUGCCUUUUGGAAACACGGAGGAGGAGAAUGGAGGGAAACUUGGGUCCCUGCGUGUCAAAGUAAACCUAUCGGAGGAGCGAAUUCUGCCUUCUCUUUAUUACCAGAACCUCACCCAGCUCCUGAUGGAGUCGGUCCAGUCACCUGACCAGGGAGACUGUAGUGUGCUGGCUCUUUUAGAGGAGACGUGCUCUGCAGAGAGCCGGCAAGAGGUGGCUGUUAAGCUGGUGAAAAUGUUUCUGGGACAGGGGCUGGCAGUAACCUUCCUUGACAAACUGAAUAUGCGAGAGGUGAAUCGAACUGCCGACCCAAAUACUCUUUUCCGGUCAAACUCACUUGCAUCAAAAUCAAUGGAGCAGUAUAUGAAGAUAGUGGGAAUGCCUUUCCUUCAUGAGGUACUGCGGCCCAUAAUUACCAGGAUCUUUGAGGAGAAGAAGUAUGUUGAACUUGAUCCCUGCAAGAUUGACAUGAAUCGCAGUAGACGUAUCUCCUUUAAAGGUUCCCUUUCAGAGCAGCAGAUCCGUGAGAGCAGUGUGGAGUCUCUGAGGGGUUACCUAAGUGACAUAACUAACGCCAUCUUGGGCUCAGUGGAACAAUGCCCACCUGGUAUGCGCCUUUGCUUCAAGCAGCUACAUAAGCGGGUGGAGGAGCGGUUUUCUGGACCAGGCAACCAGGAUGUGAAGUAUGCUGCCAUCAGUGGUUUCCUCUUCUUACGCUUUUUUGCUCCUGCCAUCCUCACUCCUAAGCUGUUCCACUUACGAGAGCAACACGCAGAUCCACGCACCGCUCGCACUUUACUCCUGCUCGCCAAGGCUGUACAGAGUAUUGGAAAUCUUGGGCAGCAGUUGGGUCACGGAAAAGAACAGUGGAUGUCUCCAUUACAUCCUCUCAUUCAACAGAGUGUAGGGCGAUUACGGGAUUUCUUGGACAAGCUGAUAGACAUGGAGAGUGAUGUUGAGUGUUGGCAUACAUCUCGUACGCUGUUUCACCCAUCCGUCACUAUUAAGGAAGGCUUCUUACACAAGCGUAAAGCAGAAGCUGUGAAUCUGGUUACUCGUUUUACUUUCAAGAAAAGAUACUUUUGGCUCAGUAGCCAGACUCUGUCUUACUCCAAAUCCCCAGACUGGCAGGUGCGUUCUUCUAUACCUGUGCAUCGGAUCUGUGCUGUGGAGCGGGUAGAUGAAAAUGCAUUUCAACAGCCAAACAUGAUGCAGAUCAUUACCCAGGAUAGUGAGACACAGGGCAGCCACAUUAUGUAUAUACAGUGCAAGAAUGUAAAUGAGCUGAAUCAGUGGCUUUCUGCCCUGCGGAAAGUCAGUCUGUGUAACCAGCGUCUGCUGCCAACCUAUCACCCAGGGGCUUAUCGCAAUGCACACUGGACUUGCUGCCUGCAGUCUGACCGUACAGUGCGUGGGUGCAGUCGGACACACUUGGCUGUGACUCUGGGAGACUGGAGUGAUCCUUUAGAUCCUGAUGCAGAGGCUCAGGUUCUAUAUAGACAUCUUCUCUCAGCAAAGGACAUGCUCAGGAAUAAGUACAUGGAGGGUGCAGAGAGUGCAGCCACAGGAAAACCAGACUCUAGAGUUUUCUGCGAGAAAGGGUUGGAAGUUUCCACAUUGACUUCUCCAGCGAGACGUUUGCUUUCAGUGAUUGAGGAUCUACAAAGAGCACACCAGGCCUUUGAGAGGAGGGAGCGGGAGGAAGCUUCUAAUCACACUCACUGCACCUAGAAGAGAAACCAUGGCAGCCUGCACCCAUAUCCAAGCCCUAUCUAUUGCUGUAUAAAACAUGGCAAAGUGUUCCUCAGAUUUUUUUGUAUUUUUUUUUCCAGACUCCUGAGGCCAAAAUAUAAAAACCCAACAAUGCA